CGCAGCGCCGUCCAAGGCACGCCACGCCACAGCAGCAAAUCAGCAGCGCUUCCGUUUCCGCUGCAGGCUGCAGCUCAGCCGGGGGAGACGUCGGAGAUCAGCGAUGGCGGGGGGCGUGGACCUCCCCGUGGUGGACCUCGCGUCCCAGGACCUCCGCGCCGCCGCCGCCUCCGUCCGCCAGGCGUGCGUGGAGCACGGGUUCUUCUACGUCACCAACCACGGCGUGGACGGCGCCCUGAUCGAGGCGGUGUUCGCGGAGAGCAAGGGCUUCUUCGACCUGCCCAUGGAGGAGAAGAUGAAGCUGCAGAGGCGCAACCACCGGGGGUACACGCCGCCCUACGCCGAGAAGCUCGACGCCUCUUCCGAGUUCGUAGGAGACCUCAAGGAGAGUUUCUACAUUGGGCCUAUUGGGGACAGUGAUCUGCAGAAUGAUCUAAACCAAUGGCCUUCUGAAGAGUGCUUUCCAUCUUGGAAGGAGACAAUGAAGUCGUACAUUGCAACUGUUCUGGAUACUGGCAAAAGGAUACUCUCUCUAAUUGCUUUGGGUUUGGAUUUGGAUGCUGAAUUCUUUCACAAAAUUGGUGCAUUGGACUGCCCGUCAACGUUUCUUCGGUUACUGCAUUACCCAGGUUCCAGUACUCCAUUUCGUUGUGAAGUAAACGAGUCUGAUAGUGGAAACUAUGGUGCAUCAGCUCACUCAGACUACGGUGCGAUAACCCUUUUAGUAACAGAUGGCACUCCUGGCCUGCAGAUAUGCAGGGAGAAGGGUAGGGAUCCUCAGCUAUGGGAAGACGUUCAUCACAUUGAUGGGGCCUUUAUUGUUAAUAUUGGCGACUUGCUAGAAAGGUGGACAAAUUGUGUUUUCAGAUCUACACUGCAUCGUGUUGUUGCUGUUGGUAAAGAGCGGUAUUCGGUAGCUUUCUUUCUUGACCCAAACUAUGAUACGGUGGUUCAAUGCAUCGAAAGUUGUUGCAGUGAGGCAGAUCCACCGAGGUUUCCACCUAUCAGGAGUGGUGAAUAUAUAAACGGGCGGAUAAAUUCCACAUACAAAUAAUCAUCCAUCGUUACAUUCCACACACAAAUAAUCAUCCAUCAUUACAUAACACGCAGAGAGCUAAGCGUGUGAACUGAAUCUCCCUCCCCAUGUAUCGGUCUUGCACCGGGACGACUGCACUUUCUGGAUUUGCUGCCGCCAUCAGCCACCGGUCAUGCAUCGUCAGCAAGUAACCGUCGUCGUCGGCGACUGCCGACUGGCAUCGCGUUGCGUCCAUGCAUUUCACGCGGUGCAAUCAGGUAACAAGCGGGUGUCAGAAUCACACGUUUCCAGAGCAGUUUUUCUCCCUGUCUAGCAGGUGUUCGAUGCUCGACCUGUGACAGUGUUGCCAAGCACUUCCUCUGAAGCCAAGUCACCUGCUGGCUGCUGUAAUCUCUGUGACAGCAUCCAGCUGAUGGACUAGUAAAACCUCUUCUAGCUUGCUUCCUAGGAGGCAACCGAUUCCAUUACCAUCAAUCCCUUUCUUUGACGGGCGAGAUGGCCAGGCAUCUCGAUCGGUUCACAGUUUCAUACCUGUUGAACACGACCAACCUGCCAUCUAGAAGAUUAGAAGCAGGUCGGCAUGCUCGAGCAGUAGGCAUCAGGCCAUCAGUGAGACACACUCCAUUACUCUACAAGGCUACAACAAAGUGUGCGCUGCUCUAACUCAAUCCAUGUGUCUACCUGAAAGACUUGCUCGAGUCUCGAGUAGGCUUUUGUUACGCACACCACAUGCGACUCAGUCUGAAACAGUGAGAUCCGUUGGGGAACUGGGCGGCCAGCUUGCUGGCGGGAAGCAUGACUUGGGAGUCGAGAUGAACGGUCAAAAAGGGUUGCGUGAGUCGUGCCAGUUGAUUAGCAACCAGGUGAUGGUUGAAACUGAUCAGCCACCAGGUGAAAGCUCUGCUCGACCAUGGCCAGGAGCCCCAGGACUGACGACCAAUCCAAUGGUCAGCUUGACGGAACAAAUCGGAGAGCCACACCAGUCGCAGCCCAACGCGCAUGUCAAUGCCAGGUGUCGAGGAGUUCUCUUCUUCUUGGUUGGUAAUCGUCUAGAGAGAACAGUAAAAACAGCUGCUGUGACCUAUCAGACACAUUGUCAUCAGAGAACUACUCGUGAACUUCUAGUUUCUGAAGAGUUUCUAGCAACAAUGUUGUGAUAGAUGCAGGUACAAAGGCAUGGGAUCACUCUGUCUGCGGUUGCCCAACAA